CCACCACCAACACCAGCGGCGGCGCAUUGGCCCCGCUGUUCUCCACCUCGGGCAGGCCCAAGACAACGAUCGGCCUUGUUGGUGACAAGUGGCAAUGCGGCUGGCGCGGCUGGUGUGUGCCCUUGACUCAAAAUGGUCACCCCAGCACCCUCACGCUCACGCUCGCGUUCAUCUCUUCUCUUUGCGAAACUCUCUCAUGCUUAGCUCUCGUCGCUUCAAGCUCAAACGACACUGCCGUCGCCACGCAGACGCUCAUUCUGCUCGCAACACCGUCGCAACCUCAAGCUGGGCCGCCAAUUGGCGAACAAGGGUCCAUUCGGCAACAAGAACGUCUUCAACCUCGGCAGAGCAGACUUCGUCCUCCUCAAGAGGGGGCAAGCACACUGCGACAACGUGGAGAAAGAGGAUGGACAGCGUUGGAAGUUGCUCUUCUACUCUCACGCUCAAGCAGAGUCGCGACGAACACAUCGCACACAUUCACGGCGAUAGGGAGCGCGUGAUCUGCCCCCAUCCCGGGUGCGGAAAGUCGCUCGCCGACGUAAAGACCCUGCGAAGGCAUCAAGCGACUCAUCAGGGUCGCCCACGCCUCCCCUGCCCCUAUGCCGACUGCCCGCAAGACUAGCAGAACCGCAAGUCCGUGCGACAGCACGUCCAUAAUAAGCACGGAGGAGUUUGGCCAGAGGCUCACGACGGCGGCACCACCACCACCCCAACAACAACAACAACAACAGCAACAGCAACAGCAGCAGCAGCAGCAGCAGCAGCGUUACCGUGCCAUCCUUCGCGUUAGCUUACGUCCAUCUGAUACGAGGCUGAAUGGUGCAUCUGCGGCUCGCCCGAUUGAUACUCCGCUCACAUUCGAGUC